GGGGCGAUCAAAGCGGGAAUGGCUGGGAGCCGGGAGCCCACCUUCGUCUAUCCGAACAUAAUCGGUCGCGCCAAGCCCCCGGGCUGGACCGCGGAGGGCGCGUCGGAACUGUACGUGGGGGACCAAGCGCAGGACCGGAGACACUCGCUGUCCAUCAGCUACCCAAUGGAGCGUGGGCUCAUUGUUUCCUGGGGGGACAUGGAGAUCGUGUGGAAGCAUAUCUACGAAGAGAACCUGAAGCUAGCACCCAGUCAUAGCCCCGUCUUGAUUACCGAGCCGGCACUGAACCCGCUGGCCAAGCGACAGCAGACCACGGAAGUGUUUUUCGAGCACCUGGGGGUUCCCGCCUUCUACAUGUCCAUCCAGGCCGUGCUGGCUCUCUUUGCUGCUGGCUUUACUACUGGGUUUGUGCUGAAUUCAGGUGCCGGAGUGACCCAGUGUGUGCCCGUCUUUGAGGGUUACUGCCUGCCUCAUGGAGUCCAGCAGUUAGAUCUGGCAGGCCUUGACCUCACCAACUACCUCACCAUGCUGUUGAAGGACCAUGGGAUCAUGCUGCUCAGCACUGCAGACAGAAGGGUUGUGACAGACAUUAAAGAGACCUCCUGUUAUGUAGCAGUGAACUAUGAGGAGGAAAUGGCCAAGAAACCUGCUCAGGUAGAGAAAGUUUACAAACUGCCCGAUGGGAAAAUCAUCAAGCUCCACGACCAGCUCUUCCGGUGUCCAGAGGCCCUCUUCUCUCCAUGUCUUAUGAACCUCGAGGCCCCUGGCAUUGACCAGAUGUGCUUCAGUAGCAUCAUGAAAUGUGAUAUAGAUCUGAGGAAUUCCUUCUUCUCCAAUAUUAUCCUUGCUGGGGGAUCCACCUCCUUCCCCGGUUUAGACAGGCGGCUGGUUAAGGAUGUUGCAAAGGUGGCACCUGUCAAUACCACCGUGCAGGUGACAGCUCCCCCAGAAAGGAAAAUAUCGGUGUGGAUGGGAGGUUCUAUUCUUGCAUCUCUUUCUGCCUUCCAAGACAUGUGGAUCACUGCUGCGGAAUUUAAAGAAGUUGGACCCAACAUAGUACACCAAAGAUGCUUCUGAAAUACCGGCAAAAUGGUUGGAAGGAAACGUUUUGAAUAUAUGUGACAGAAAAAUUUGGAUAUUAUAUGUUUCUGGGAGAACAGAAAAUAUUUCAAUUAUUGGGAUGUCUACGUCUGUUGCAUUUCUAGAAUGGGGGGUGGAUAAUAAUCAUAAAGCAGUAAAAGAAGUGUUUGUUGAGUAGGACCA